CACAUAAAACCGUCAAACAUAAGAACAACUUACGACUUCCUGUUGGAGUUGGGUGAAACUUGUUUCUACUUUGGUCGUGUGUUCCGACUUCUGCUCCAUCCUCAUCGUAUCUGUAUUCCAACGCAAAAUCCGAAACGAUUCAAAGAUGCGGAUGUCUUCGAUUGCGAUUGCGGCGGUCUUUAUGGUGAUUCUGACGGCGAACAUAGGGGAAGUGUUGGGGAUCAGGUUUGUUAUAGACAGGGACGAGUGUUUUUCGCAUAAGUCCGAGUACGGUGCCACGGUUCGAUUUUCGUUUGUCGUCAUUAAGGUCGAAGGUGCGUGGCAUUAUAACGAAGAUGGCGUCGAUCUUGUGGUGACGGGGCCAAAGGGUGAACAAAUUCAAGAUUUCCGUGAUAAGACAAGUGACAAGUCUGAUUUCGUGGCACAUAAUGAAGGCCUCUAUAAAUUCUGCUUCACCAACAAAUCACCCUACCAUGAAACCCUAGACUUUGAUGUCCAUUCCAGCCACUUCUAUAACGAUGUUGAGCAUGCAAAAGAUGAUCAUUUCAAACCGAUUUUGGAACAGAUAUCAAAGUUAGAGGAUGCAUUAUAUAACAUUCAGUUUGAACAGCAUUGGCUUGAGGCCGAGACUGAUAGACAAGCGAUAAUAAACGAAGGAAUGGGCAAAAGGGCAAUGCACAAAGCGGUUGUGGAAUCAGCAGCUCUGAUUGGUGCGAGUGUGCUGCAGGUCUACCUUCUCACGCGUCUGUUUGAACGGAAGCUCGGGUUGUCCAGAGUUUAAUGUGUCAUCUCAGUAUGGAAUCCUUUAAUUUAAUUUGUUACACAACUUUUGUUAUCCCCUCUCUCUCUUAUAUAUACACCACCAAAUUUGCACUUGAAAAACUGUAAUUCAGAAGAGGGUGUACAAAGUCUUGAUUAUAAUUAUUUUCACCUCAGAAA